GAGUUUUAUUCAUAGGAUUUAGAGUUAUUUGAUGCCUUAACAAUCGAAUUUAAGUAUAAAUCUCAUUAGACAUAUUCAAGUUUAAGUUCUAACGGUAUUCGAUAUUUGAGAAGUGAAAUUCUUGUGAAUUGUGUGCACAAAGUGAAUGUGUGAAGUGUAUUGUGUGGAUUUUGAGCACUUCCUAGAACGUAUAUGAGGGGCAAGACUGAUGGAGAAUAGGAGUUAAUUGAUAAGCCACAAAGUUUAAGACACGGAACGGCAACAAGAUGGCGGACAAUCUAAGAAGAAGACGGUACCUGACCAUCAGUAUACUUCACAUCAUCACCAUCAUGUGCCAAGCCCUCUCCGAUCGACCAAUGUUUGCCGAGCCAAUACCUAACGUCACGGUGCCGCUGGGGAGAGAUGUCAGUCUACCGUGUGUCGUCGAAAACCUCGGUGAAUUCAAGGUGGCGUGGAUCCACGUGGGCCGUCAAAUGUUGCUCACUAUUCACAAGCACGUGGUCGUGAAAAUACCAAGGUUCUCGGUGUCCCACGACAACCAGAAAACUUGGUUGCUGCAUAUAAACGGCGUGCACCAAGACGACCGAGGUUAUUAUAUGUGCCAAGUGAACACGGUGCCUAUGAUGAGUCAGGUCGGCUUCCUUCAGGUUGUCGUGCCGCCGAACAUAUUGGACGCGCUGUCUACCGAUAGCACGGUUGCCGUUCGAGAGAAUCAGAACAUCACUCUGACGUGCAAAGCGGACGGAUAUCCGUCGCCGAAAUUGAUGUGGAAGAGGGAAGACGGACAGGGUAUAAGCAUCAAUCGACACCAGAAAGUGCCCAUGUACACCGGCGAGCAACUAAACCUGACGAAGAUCACGCGCAACGAGAUGGGCGCGUACCUUUGCAUCGCGACGAACGGUGUCCCGCCAACGGUCAGCAAGAGGAUCACCGUGGACGUUGAAUUCUCGCCGAUGAUCUUCGUGCCGAAUCAGCUGGUCGGUGCACCAGCUGGCACGAACGUAACGAUCGACUGCAACACCGAGGCGUAUCCACGGGCGAUGAGCUACUGGUACCUCGGGGACGAGAUGAUACUCUCGAACGAGAAGUACACGGCGAACAUCAUGGAGAACAGUUACAGGUCGUACAUGAGGCUCACCAUCAGGAACCUGCAGUCUGGCGACUUCGGGAACUAUCGUUGCAUCAGCAAGAACUCGCUGGGCGAGACCGAGGGCUCUAUUAGGUUGUACGAAAUUCCGAAGCCGUCCGCGGCGCCGAAGGCCACCGAGAUCAAGAGCAGCGCCAACAAAGAAGGACGACCGAGCACGCCGUCACCAGCAAAAAGGCCGACCACCGUCUGGCCAUCCUCGUACAACCCGUACUAUACGAAAAGGACAGAGCGGCCACCUCCCCCGAGCGAGGAGAGGGUCGAGAGGCCAGAGCAGAAGCUACGCGGUGGCCAGAGCACAGGAAGCGCGUACAUCAUCAGAUGGAGCGCCCCGCAGCUGAUGGUGGUCGCGAUGCAGUACAUCCUCACGGGGCCCUAUAUGCCCCCGUACAUUCCCCAGACGGCGAAUUAGGAGUACCCUAAAUAUUCCUGUGUUCGUUCGUGACACUAUUUCCGUGGCCUGCGUGUACCCUCGCGCGUUCCAGGACGUUCCCCCCGAAGAAGGAGCCGCAUUCGUCCGCGCGAUGCAGCCGACUAAUGGAAAAUAUUAAAAUAACCAGCUCGACGCGUUAAUAACACCCAAUAAAACGUA